AGACGGCGCUAUAGACCCGAGGAUCCGCGGAUGAAUGUGAGUAGAACCGACGAAGAGUACCGCCGACGAGUGGAGGAGCAGCGUAGAAGACAGGAAGAGGAGAGACGGCGCUACAGACCCGAGGAGCACAGAGAUCCGCGGUUAAAUGUGAGAACGGAUGAAGAGUACCGCCGACGAGAGGAGAAGCAGCGUAGAAAACAAGAGGAAGAGAGAAAACUACAGGAUUACAUCAGGAGGAACCAACCGGUGAAUGUGCCAUCGGGAGAUAAUCAAUCGACCGCGGCCGGUCGUAACUGGUUCGAGGAGCGGAGACUGAUUGAGGAAGCCAGGCGUCGCGACAGAUAUCCUGAUCCAGGAGCGAAGAGAGACCACGGACCGUCGGCGCCUACGUAUAUCGAUCCGCGAAGCUCACCGGAGGAAGUCAGACGAAGGCAGCAAGAGACGGCGAGAAGGUUGGAGGAGGAGAGGCGGCAGCGGCAUGAGGCGGAAGAGCGACGGAAGGAGCUCGCCAGGCGACAGUGGGAGGCAGAAGAGAGACGGUUACGGGAGGAACGAAUGCGGCGAGAAGAGGAGGCGAGAAAGGCGCAAUCCAGGAGGUACGAGGAGGAUAGGAAGCGGCUGGAGGUAGCAAAGAUACAAGCCGAGAGAAGGAGGCAAGAGAUGCUAAGGGAACGAUCUAGGAACGAAGCUGGAUGGACGAAACAGCCAGAAACUAGAGGGCCGGUCUACUAUCAGGAUCCUCGUCUUUUGGCGGAGCACAGAAGACGGCAGGAUAGCCGGCCGAUUCCGAGUAAUUUGAUGCGAGCCGAGGAGGAGGCUAGACGGGCAGCGGCAGAGCGCGAGAGGCAAAGAUUGGAAGCCGAGAGACAACAGGAAGAAAGCAG